GCCGCCCCAAAGAUGAAGCUCCGCGUGUUCCUCCUUCUCAGCGCCGCACUUGCAGCGACCACUGUCCAGGCCGUCGUCCAGCCGGGCAGGAAUCAGCAGCUGUUCAACCACAACCGGAACGGAUACCGCUACAACGGACCCGCCCACAAGUACCUGCCCGCCCAGGGGCCGCCCAGCACUGAAGCGGGCAUCAUCACUGGGCCCUGGCAAUCUCAUGGAUCUCACGGCAAUCAAAUUCCACAAUCCCUGGAGCACUCUCAUGGGGCCAAUCAUCAACAGCAGCAUGGCUACAACGGUCCCUACAACAACCAGUACUACGGGGGACACGAGCAGCAUCGACAAGAAGAGCACUCCUGGAAGCAGAAGCAACAGUUUGGACAACAGCAAAAUCACCAACAGAUAGGUGAGCCCUGGCAGUCAUCUCAGGGACUUGGACAGGAUCAAGGCUUCCAGCAGCACCAGGAGCAGCAGUACCACCAGCAGCAGUCCCAAUCACAUCAUCACCAAGGCCACCAAGAAGUGGAAUACGCUCCCGAGCAGCAUGGCAGGCCGGGACAACAUCAUCAACAAGGCCUUCUCCAGCAGGAGCCACAUGAUCAGAGAGCUGAAUCCUGGCAACCAUCUCAUGAGCAAGGCUUUCAGCAUGAGCAACAUCGUGAAGGGCAACAUCAGCAGCAGCCACACCAUCAGCAAGAGCACCACGAUCAACAGGAGCAACAGCAGGGCGUCCAUUGGCAGCCAUCCGAUUUGGCCCAAAAUUCUGAUAGAUUUCCUUCGGCUCUCGCACAUGCCACCAGCCAUAAAACUGUUGCUGCUCCUGCCCGCGAUAUCAAGCUUGUUCCAGCUUAUACUCUUUCUAGUUAUUCGGACCAAGAUCGCUUCAUUGGAUUGGAUGCUCUCGACACUCGCCUACUGAGCCAAUCCCUGCCAGAGGCCUACCAGCGGGUUCCUUUCAACACUGUCCAGCCCUCCAGCCACCAGCCACUUGGCCAGGUCCAAGGUCAGCGGCAUGAGGAGCUGUUGGGGGGCUCUCCCCGGCAACAGGAGAGUCAGGGCUAUGUUCAGAUGCAAUCGCACUCCUACGAGCUGCCUUCGUCCCAUACCAUGCAGCGGGAGUGGCCCCAGCAGCUGCAGCAGCAACAGCAGUCUCAUAGCUCAGGAAAUCGUCAGUACUCGGAAAGUGCCUUUGCUUUCUCCUCCAACCAAUCCCCAGGUUCCAGCAGCCACUCGUCUAACCCAGCCGUUCACCCCUCGAACCCAUCCAUUCACUCUUCGAAUCCGUCCUACUCCUUCCAGAACUCCUUGAGCCAUCCCAGCCGCGAGUUCCAGCCGCCCUACUAUAGAUAGUCCUCAUCCUUCAUCCCCUGACGACUCACUGGGAUCCAUCGCAUGCCAUAAGAUCCCUAGUCUGAGCAUCUUGUUCCAUAACUUCCCUGGACUUCUACUUCUGCCUUUCUUAGACCUGAAAUGCAUUUAGUUUGAACAGGAAUUUACCUUUUAACUACCUUUUUUUUUGUACUAUUUAAUUCAAUAAAUUAUGU